UGCUUUCUUUUUCUCGGGCGCGCGUGCGCAUUGAGGCCGCGUGUGCAAACAGCUUCGAGGUCCCUCCACACUUCGCGCAUUCCGCAUCCGUUUGAACGCUUUUACAAAUCGUCCGUCCUCCUCUUGUCGCUGCAACCUCCCGCGGGUGAGCAGUUAAAGCCAAGCAAAACGGAAUAAAAUGGCGCUUAGUCAAGGAACAAAGAAAAAAGUUUGCUACUACUACGACGGUGAUGUUGGAAAUUAUUACUAUGGCCAGGGGCACCCCAUGAAGCCCCAUCGCAUACGCAUGACACACAACUUGCUGCUCAAUUAUGGCCUUUACAGAAAAAUGGAGAUAUAUCGUCCACACAAAGCCAGUGGUGAGGAAAUGACCAAGUAUCACAGCGAUGAUUACAUCAAAUUCCUGCGCUCCAUCCGUCCAGACAACAUGUCAGAGUACAGCAAACAAAUGCAGCGAUUCAAUGUAGGAGAAGAUUGUCCAGUGUUUGAUGGCUUAUUUGAGUUCUGCCAACUUUCAGGUGGUGGCUCUGUUGCCGGUGCUGUCAAAUUGAACAAACAGCAGACAGACAUAGCGAUCAACUGGGCAGGUGGCCUGCAUCACGCCAAGAAAUCAGAGGCCUCUGGAUUUUGCUACGUCAAUGAUAUUGUCCUCGCUAUAUUGGAGUUAUUGAAGUACCACCAGCGAGUUCUCUAUAUUGAUAUCGACAUCCAUCACGGAGACGGUGUGGAGGAGGCAUUCUACACCACAGAUCGUGUCAUGACUGUGUCAUUCCACAAGUAUGGAGAGUACUUCCCUGGGACCGGUGACCUUAGAGACAUUGGUGCUGGGAAGGGAAAGUAUUAUGCUGUGAAUUAUCCUCUGAGAGACGGAAUUGAUGAUGAGUCUUAUGAAGCCAUAUUCAAGCCUAUUAUGGCCAAGGUGAUGGAGAUGUACCAGCCCAGUGCUGUGGUUCUGCAGUGUGGAGCAGACUCGCUUUCAGGCGACAGACUCGGCUGCUUUAACCUAACCAUUAAAGGACAUGCCAAGUGUGUGGAGUACAUGAAAAGCUUCAACCUGCCCCUUCUCAUGCUGGGCGGAGGCGGCUACACCAUUCGAAACGUAGCGCGCUGCUGGACCUAUGAAACUGCUGUCGCACUUGAUACAUCAAUCCCUAAUGAACUCCCAUACAAUGACUACUUUGAGUACUUUGGACCAGACUUCAAGUUGCACAUCAGCCCCUCCAACAUGACCAAUCAAAAUACCAACGAUUAUCUGGAGAAGAUAAAGCAGCGUCUAUUUGAGAAUCUACGGAUGCUGCCACACGCCCCAGGCGUACAAAUGCAGGCCAUCCCAGAAGACGCAGUACAGGAGGAUAGUGGAGAUGAGGAAGAGGAGGAUCCAAACAAACGCAUCUCCAUCCGCGCUCACGACAAGAGGAUAGCGUGUGAGGAGGAGUUCUCUGAUUCAGAGGACGAAGGUGAAGGAGGCCGCAGAAACACAGCUAACUUUAAGAAGGCCAAGCGAGCCAAGACCGAUGGAGAGAAAGAGAGUGAGGAAAAGGAGAAGAAAGGUGAGGAGGAAACAAAAGAAAUAAAAGAUGAAGAGAAAACGCCAGAGGAUGAAAAAAUGGACACAUCAAAGCCAAAAGAGGAGUCGAAGACACCUUAAAGUCCUUCCCACACAAUGAUGCAGACACUGAGAAGAAACGAUCUUAAAGCAACAUUGUCUUUUUAUACUUUGUGGGUAAGGGAGGAUUGCUUCUGUGGAAUAGGUUAUUAAAUGGGACAGGAAUUUUUUUUCAUCCUUGGACACUUUUCCAAUAUUACUGUUUAUGAGCCGAAGUCAGAAUAAGUGUUUUGUAAGCUUUUCUUCUUAACCUUAACUUUUUCUGCUCCAACACUUGCAUUUCUUUUGUCAUACAACUUUUUUAAAAUGGCUUGGCAAGUUAUGGUUUUAUAUCUCAUGAAUUUAAUUUAUUUAAAUCAUAGAUACUUUGACCCUUUACCCCUUUUUGGAUUUUUGUCUUUCAGUCCCAGUUAUGUCCUGUGCCUUUGAGAGUAUAGUUCUUGCAUGUUUGUAUAAUAGAGCCUUUUCUAUAAUACUUCUGUUUCAGUGGUCUUCCCUCCUAGCUUUUCUGUACAUGUGGUUUUAAGAUUUAAGUAUUAUUUAGUUUGUGUGCUGUCAUUCGAAGCUCAGCAAAGUAUCAAAUGUUUGAAUAUGGAAACGUGGCAAGUUCAGUGAAAUCAAUUUAUAGUAUUUGGUAUUCUAAGAACAUAUUAUAAUGCUUUUUAGUCUUUCAAAAGAUUUUUUAUAUCAAAUAGCCAGAGAUAAUGUAUUUUUCUAAAGGCAGUUUAAUGAAAAAGCUGAACACCACCCUGUAUUACAAUUUUUAGACACAAUCUGAUCAUUACAUAAAAUGGCAGUCUGUUAACAGGUAUGUACAGUGCUGGCCAAAAGUAUUGGCACCCCUGCAAUUCUGUCAGAUAAUACUCAAUUUCUCUUAGAAAAUGAUUGCAAUUACAAAUGCUUUGGUAGUAAUAUCUUCAUUUAUUUUGCUUGCAAUGAAAAAACACAAAACAGAAUGAUUUUUUUUAUUUUUAAAUCAUUAUCUUUUUAUACAAAACUCAAAAAAUGGGCCGGACAAAAGUACUGGCACCCUCAGCCUAAUACUUGGUAGCACAACCUUUAGACAAAAUAACUGCAAACAACCGCUUCUGGUAUCCAUCAGUGAGAUUCUUUCAAUGCUCAGAUGGAAUUUUAGACGUUUCUUCUUUGGCCAUUUGCUCCAGGUCUCUGAGAUCUCUAGGGUGCCUUCUCCAAACUGCCAUUUUCAGAUCUCUCCACAGGUGUUCUAUGGGAUUUAGGUAAUUGUUUGCCACUUUAAAAGUCUCCACUGCGUUCUCUCAAACCGUUUUCUAGUGCUUUUUAAAGGGUGUUUUGAGUCAUUGUCCUGCUGGAAGACCCAUGACCUCUGAGGGAGACCCAGCUCUCACACUGGGCCCUACAUUAUGCUGCAAAAUUUGUUUAUAGUCUUCAGACUUCAUAAUGCCAAGCACACGGUCAAGCAGUCCAGUGCCAGAUGUGGCAAAGCAACCCCAAAAUAUCAGGGAACCUCUGCCAUGUUUGACGAUGGGGAGUGUUCUUUUCUUUGAAGGCCUCAUUUUUUUCCCGUGUAAACUCUAUGUUGACGCCUUUUCCCAAAAACCUCUACUUUUGUCUCAUCAGACCAGAGAACAUUGUUUUUGGCUUUUUCAGGUAAGUUUUGACAAACUCCAGCCUGGCUUUUUUAUGUGUCUGGGUCAGAAGUUUGGUCUUCCUGGGUACCCUACCAUAGAGUCCCUUUUCAUUCAGACGCCGAUGGAUAGUACGGGUUGACACUGUUGCACCCUCGGACUGCAGGAUGGCUUGAACUUGCACCACCCACACAAUCUUUCAUUGAAAUCUCAAUUUUUCUUUUCUGUCCACAUCUAGGGAGGUUGGCCACAGUGCCAUGGGCUUUACUUAUUGAUGACAAAGGAACAUUCAGGUCUUUGGUGAUGGACUUGUAGUCUUGUGAUUGCCCAUGCUUCCUAACAAUUUAGCUUCUCAAGUACUCAGACAGUUGUUUGGUCUUUUUCUCAAUGCUCAGUGUGGUACACACAAGGACACAGGACAAAGGUUGAGACAACUUUAAUCCAUUUUAACUGGCUGCAAGUGUGAUUUAGUUAUUGCCACCACCUGUUAUGUGCCACAGGUAAGUAACAGGUGCUGUUAAUUACACAAAUUAGAAAAGAAUCACAUGAUUUUUCGAAGGGUGCCAAUACUUUUGUCUGGCCCAUUUUUGGUUUUGUGUAAAAUGAUUAUCUAAUUUUUUUUCCAUUCUCUUUUGUGUUUUUUGAUUGCAAGCAAAAUAAAUGAAGAUAUUACUACCAAAGCUUUUGUAAUUGCAAUCAUUUUCUGGGAGAAAUUCAGCUUUAUCUGACAGAAUUGCAGGGGUGCCAAUAAUUUUGGCCAGCACUUUAUGUAUGCAGGGAAAAUAUUCAACUCUGAUGUCUGUCACUCAAAAUGUUAGGCUUAUGUAUCGUUUAAACCUAGUCAUGUCCCCAAAAAAUAUUUUCCCCUCCUCAAAUUCAUGCAUUGCAAAAGCCCCAUUAAAAAAGUCGUCCACAUACUACCCCUGACAAAAAAAUUAUGAAAUCACUAGUGUUGAUGGCUGUUCACUCAGUGAUUUUGUGUUCCAAAAAAAAAAGCUAACACAAAACUUUUGUGAUUACAAAUAUGUUUCUGGCUUUAAGAAACAUUAAAUCAUGAGAAAUAAAAUGUGGUUGUUACAGAACGAGCAGAGAAAAAAAACUGCAGAUUGAAGGAGCUAUUCUUAUACUGGUAUUAUGAUAUAAUGUGGGAGUACAAUGAAAAAGUUUGAGGAGAUGUGCAAAUAUUUUUUUUCAUGGCAGUAAAGACACCAAAUCUUAUUGAUUCAACAUUCUCAUAGCCAAUGGCUCUGCUCUGCUGCUGGAGCACCACUUCCAAGCAGUUCAUCUUGCUCCACAGCCUCAGGGUCAAGCUCGGUCGGCUGCUCUGAAGCAGGCGAGUGGGCAAUUACAACUGCUCUUUGCAUGCGGACCUUAAACAAUAUAGCAUUUGUAAAACAGAAGAAAAACAAUUGAGAUCCAACCUAGAAUGCCUGAAUUAAAAUUAAUUUGACAGUA